GUGCAUAGCGUAAUGUCCAUGUUGUUCUACACUCUGAUCACAGCUCUUUUGAUCGGCAUACAGGCAGAACCACACCCAGAGAGCAAUGUCCCAGCAGGACACGCCGUCCCCCAAGCCCACUGGACGAGGCUGCAGCGUUCCCUCGACACGGCCCUCCGCAGAGCCCGCAGCACCCCGGCCGGGGCGAUAGCUGCGAGGGUGGCAGGGCAGACCCGCAACAUCACUGUGGACCCCAAGCUUUUUAAGAAGCGGCGGCUGCGCUCCCCCCGCGUGCUGUUCAGCACGCACCCCCCGGCCGCAGCCGCGGACACCCAGCAUCUGGACGUGGAGGCCAGUGGCGCCGCCUCCUUCAACAGGACUCACAGGAGCAAGCGGUCGUCACACCCCGUCUUCCACCGGGGAGAGUUCUCGGUGUGCGACAGCGUCAGCGUGUGGGUGGGGGACAAGACCACCGCCACUGACAUCAAGGGCAAGGAGGUGAUGGUGUUGGGUGAGGUGAACAUUAACAACAGUGUGUUCAAACAGUACUUUUUUGAGACCAAGUGCCGGGACCCCACCCCCGUAGACAGCGGGUGCAGGGGCAUCGACUCCAAGCACUGGAACUCAUACUGCACCACGACGCACACCUUCGUCAAGGCGCUGACCAUGGACGGCAAGCAGGCUGCCUGGCGGUUUAUCCGCAUCGACACGGCCUGUGUGUGCGUGCUCAGCAGGAAGGCUGGGAGAAGAGCCUGA